UCGCCCCCGCCCGCGCUGCACGCCGGGACACGGCCGGUCCUCCCUCCUUCUCUCCCUCCCUCCUUCCCGCGCGCCCCCCCGCGCGCCCCGAGCCUGCGCCGCGCCGACAUCCGCGCUGUCCCAAGAUGGAGGCGCGGGGCUCGCGCUGAGCGCGGCCCGGCCGGCACAGCAGCAGCAACAGCAGCAGGAGCAGCAGCCGCGCCCGCCCGGCCCGGCCCGGCCCGUCCGCCCGCCUCGCCUUCCCCGCCCCGCCAGGCCGCGGCUCCGGCGGCCCCGGCAGCAGCAGCGGCGGCGCCUCCUUCUCGUCCGCGGCCCGGCCCCGAGUGCGGCGCGGCCCCCGCAUGAGCCCGGGCGGCAGCGGCGGCGGGAGCGCCCGGGAGCAGCAGCCGAGGUAGCCAGGUACAAGAACUGUAGAAGUCCAUUUUAGAAUUUGAAAGAACAAGAUUCUGCAGCUCUGGAAAGAUAUGCCAUGGAAGUAAUCAGCUGGGGUGGUCCCAGUGCGCUCUGGGCACGAGUAUUGCUGAGUGAUCAUUGGCUGCCACCUGCGUGACAAAGUAAAGGACCAACCCUUCAAUUUAUACCAGUGGAGCCAGAUCACGGGAAACAAUUGACAGAAUUGUUAAGCUUAUGCUUAGCCCAGCGUGUGAUACAGGACUGGUGCGACAACUCUGUUUAGAUCAGUGACUCAAAAUUGUGAUCACCCUGAUGUCACCGAAUGGCCACAGCUUGUAAAAGAUCACCAGGAGAACCGCACUCUGAGAACAUUGAAACUAGCCGAAUGAAGCGAGCAGCUGCAAAGCAUCUAAUAGAGCGCUACUACCACCAGUUAACCGAGGGCUGUGGAAAUGAAGCCUGCACGAAUGAAUUUUGUGCUUCCUGUCCAACUUUUCUCCGUAUGGAUAACAAUGCAGCAGCCAUUAAGGCCCUCGAGCUUUAUAAGAUUAAUGCAAAACUCUGUGAUCCUCAUCCCUCCAAGAAAGGAACGAGCUCAGCUUACCUAGAAAACAAUUCCAAAGGUGCCCAUAACAAUUCCUGCACUGACAGAAAAAUGAACAAGAAGGAAAUGCAAGGCCCAAGAGAUGACUUUAAAGAUGUGACUUUCCUAACAGAAGACAAGAUAUAUGAAAUUCUUGAACUAUGUCGAGAAAAAGAGGAUUAUUCCCCUUUAAUCCGGGUGAUUGGGAGAGUGUUUUCUAGUGCUGAAGCACUAGUGCAGAGUUUCCGAAAAACCAAGCAGCACACCAAGGAGGAGCUCAAGUCUCUUCAAGGAAAGGAUGAAGACAAAGAUGAAGAUGAAAAGGAAAAAGCUGCCUGUUCGGCUGCUGCCAUGGAAGAGGAUUCUGGUGCAUCAUCAUCUUCAUCAUCAAGAAUAGGUGAUAACACACAGGGAGAUAAUAACCUCCAAAAACUAGGCCCAGAUGAAGUGUCUGUAGAUAUUGAAGCAGUCAGACGGGUCUAUGAUAGGUUACUUUCCAAUGAAAAAAUAGAAACUGCCUUUUUAAAUGCACUUGUGUACUUGUCACCUAAUGUGGAAUGUGACUUGACUUACCAUAAUGUGUACUCUCGGGAUCCUAACUAUCUGAAUUUGUUUAUUAUCGUUAUGGAGAAUGGCAAUCUUCAUAGCCCAGAAUAUCUGGAAAUGGCCCUACCGUUGUUUUGCAAAGCAAUGAGCAAACUACCCCUUGCAGCUCAAGCAAAACUGGUCAGAUUGUGGUCUAAGUACAGAGCAGAUCAAAUUCGGAGAAUGAUGGAAACAUUUCAGCAGCUUAUUACUUACAAAGUCAUAAGCAACGAGUUCAAUAGUCGUAACCUAGUGAAUGAUGAUGAUGCUGUUGUUGCUGCUUCAAAGUGCUUGAAAAUGGUUUACUAUGCAAAUGUAGUAGGGGGGGAUGUGGAUACAGAUCAUAACGAAGAGGAAGAUGAAGAACCCAUCCCAGAAUCAAGUGAACUAACUCUUCAAGAGCUGUUGGGUGAGGAAAGAAGAAAUAAAAAAGGUCCUCGAGUAGACCCACUGGAAACUGAACUUGGUGUUAAAACUAUAGAUUGCAGAAAACCACUUAUCCCUUUUGAAGAAUUUAUUAAUGAACCACUGAAUGAUGUUCUAGAAAUGGACAAAGACUACACAUUCUUCAAAGUAGAAACGGAGAAUAAAUUCUCAUUUAUGACCUGUCCCUUCAUAUUGAAUGCUGUUACCAAGAACCUGGGAUUGUAUUAUGACAAUAGAAUCCGGAUGUACAGUGAAAGACGCAUUACUGUGCUCUACAGCUUAGUUCAAGGGCAGCAGCUCAACCCCUACUUGCGGCUGAAAGUGAGGCGUGAUCACAUCAUCGAUGAUGCGCUUGUCCGGCUAGAGAUGAUUGCCAUGGAAAAUCCUGCAGACUUGAAGAAGCAAUUGUAUGUUGAAUUUGAAGGAGAGCAAGGGGUAGAUGAAGGAGGUGUUUCCAAAGAAUUUUUUCAACUGGUUGUGGAAGAAAUCUUCAAUCCAGAUAUCGGGAUGUUCACAUAUGAUGAGUCUACAAAACUGUUUUGGUUUAAUCCGUCCUCUUUUGAAACUGAGGGUCAGUUUACCCUGAUCGGCAUAGUACUGGGACUGGCUAUCUACAACAACUGUAUACUGGAUGUACAUUUCCCCAUGGUUGUCUACAGGAAGCUAAUGGGCAAAAAAGGAACUUUCCGUGAUCUGGCAGACUCUCAUCCUGUUCUGUAUCAGAGUUUGAGAGACUUACUGGAGUAUGAAGGAAGUGUGGAAGAUGAUAUGAUGAUAACGUUUCAAAUAUCUCACACGGACCUCUUUGGCAAUCCAAUGAUGCAUGAUUUAAAGGAAAACGGUGAUAAAAUUCCUAUUACAAAUGAAAACAGAAAGGAAUUUGUCAAUCUGUAUGCUGACUAUAUACUCAAUAAAUCAGUAGAAAAGCAGUUCAAGGCCUUUCGGAGAGGAUUCCACAUGGUGACCAAUGAAUCUCCUUUGAAAUAUUUAUUUAGACCGGAGGAAAUUGAAUUACUUAUUUGUGGAAGUAGGAAUUUAGAUUUUCAAGCACUAGAAGAAACUACAGAAUAUGAUGGUGGCUAUACAAGAGACUCUCUUAUUAUUAGGGAAUUCUGGGAAAUUGUCCAUUCAUUUACAGAUGAACAGAAAAGACUAUUCUUACAGUUUACAACAGGCACAGACAGAGCCCCUGUGGGAGGACUUGGAAAGUUAAAGAUGAUCAUAGCCAAAAAUGGCCCAGAUACAGAGAGGUUACCUACAUCUCACACAUGCUUUAAUGUACUUUUGCUUCCGGAAUACUCAAGCAAAGAAAAGCUUAAAGAAAGAUUAUUGAAGGCCAUCACGUAUGCCAAAGGAUUUGGCAUGCUGUAAUAAGUAUAACAAAAGGGAUUAAAAAAUGAUGGUGAUGAUGUCCCUGUCCAAAAAGGCCAUAAGAUAGUGAGCUACAGUAGUCACCUGUGUUUGUGCCUCCCUUCUUUACUGGGGACAUUGGGCUGGAACAGCAGAUUUCAGCUGCUUAUAUGAACAAAAUCUUUAUUUUUUCUUUUAGCGUGAAAGUGUUACAUAUUCUUUCACUUGUAUGUACAGAGAGGUUUUCCUGAAUAUUUAUUUUAAGGGUUAAAUCACUUUUGCUUGUGUUUAUUACUGCUUGAAGUUGAGCCUUUUUGAGUAUUUACAAGAAAACAAACUGUACUCUCCCAAGGAAAAUAUUGCCAUCAUUUGUAGACCAUGUAACCUUCAAGUAUGUGCUAUAUUUUUGUCCCUGUAUCUAAUCAAAUCAAGAACUGUACUUUUUGAAGAGUUUGCUUUUGAAACUUGAAGUCUUGAAAAACAGUGUGAUGCAAUUACUGCUGUUCUAGCCCCCAAAGAGUUUCUGUGCAAAAUCUUAAGAAUCAAUAAAGAUGGAAGGGAGAACUUGGAAUGUUAAAUUGCAGCCUUGAGAACUUUACUUUAGUCACAGCACAACAAUUAAAAUUCAUUUCACUAUAUGUUGUCUUCACAUGUCUUGUAAUAAACUGUGUUUUUAAUUAGGAAACAUUUCUUAGCAUAUGAAAGGGUAGAAAUUUUAGUUACUUUUAAAAAAAAAAGAAGUUUACUGGGGAAAGUGCAUUUUCAACUGAACAGCUUUAGAAUAGGGAGUGAAGUGUCUGGAAAAAAGAUAGGAAGUUUUUGCUAUAUUAUAAACAAAGCAUGUGGAAGUGCACUUAAAAUGAAGUUCUAUUCUUAAUUGCCUAUUAUGUUGACAUUUAAAAUAGACAAUCCAAAGUCUUCCCUAUGUGUUAUGUCAUCAUCAUUUAUUUAAUGAAUCAUUUUUCCUACCUAUCAAGGCACAUGAUCAGUGUUGCACCAUAGUCUAAAGGGAUGGCUACUGUGUUUUAAUCUCAUCUAAUAAGCAAAAUUGAACAAUAUUAAACGUGAGGCCUACUUCAUGUUGUACACUUCCAACCAUUAAAUAAACUGUUAGAAAGUAAGUACUAAGGUUAUGUUCAUCUACUGCAUAAAGUAUUCAGUAGGUUUUUAAUUUAACUCUACAAAUCGUAUCAGAAAUAAAUCCUUUACCUUUCUUAGUCUGUGUUUAAUGUUAAUUUCUCCUGUUGCAAUAUACAAUGAAGGGAUUCUGCAUUUUGUAAGUGCAGAUGUAACUGGCAUAUCUCUUUUCCAAUACAAGCUGCAGCAGGUGUGCAGAGCUGAGCUUGUGCCUUGACAAUUGCUAUUACUGGCUACUACCAAUCAAACCCGUGACUGUGUGGAAUUGGCAUUAAAAGGCUUAGUUUUGAAAUCAUUGGAAAAAGAAAAGAUGUCUUUCAGGACUAUUUUAAUAAAUUCUUUCUAGUAAUAGAAACAGACAACUGUUAUGUAACUAUGAUGCUGAAUAAAGCAAUGACCUUUUUUCACCAUGGUUCAGUGAAAAAGAAAAGAAGUUUCUUACUUUGAUAAAUUAGAUAUUAAAUGGUUUGAUUAGACAUUGUUGUAGUACUGCAUAAUUUGAGGGUUGCAGGUACAGAAAGCUCUCCACAAGUGAACUGUAGUGAUGUUCCCCUCUCAAAUUCAAGCCAAUGCCAGAUGGCCUGGACACACGGGACUGAAACAUGCUGGGGAGGGAAAAAUGCUGUCUGUCUUCUGGCCUUUGAUCUCUGAGGUGGCCCUUAAGGCCUGCCCUCUUGUAUGUCCACCUUUUUAUAUGUCCCAAAGGAGGAAAACACAAGAUACCCUACCUCUCAGUGUAGUGGUUGACAACAGUGCCUGCUGAGCCCUUCAAGUUUGGAGCAGCUCUUACUGUAGGUGGUAAGAACAUUUGCUGAGUGCCUUAAGGUUAUUCACUACAAGCAAAAACACAUCAUGAUACUGCUGUGUGGUAUGUACUAUGUUCACAGUCUAAUGUGUUAAGCUCUAUCCCUGUAACUCAUCCUACACUAAUUCAGCUGUUGGUUUGUGGUUGCACCCAGAUGACAGGUAUAUGUGAUUCAUGUUGGCAUUUUUUAUAUAGGUCUAAAAGCUGUGCAGACAGCAUAACUGGAUAGCAAUACAAAGUACUCUUAACUCAAUUGUUGACAUUGUAAAUAUGCUCUUUCUGUUUUCCUUUAGCAUUAAGAUUAAAAUAAUGCAUAAUGGCAUUAGCUUUCAAAAUCAUAAGUUGUUUUUCAAGGAAUCAUUUUCAGGUAAGAUAUAAGUACUUAAUAUUUGACUGAUUUGUCAUGUAAAUAUAUACUGCCUCCCCCCAAAUACCACUGUAUUGAAACCGUAUCUUCUUAGGGCUGGUGUAGGUGCACUAGUUGUUCAGCAGCACCAGUUGAUAAGGUUUAAAAUAAAUAAAUCUUGAAGUCUAAUAGCUGCAGGCUGCAUUCCUGUCCUACAGAAGUUUCAACUGGUGUUCUGAUUGAAGGGGAAAAUGCUAUUUUAAGUUGGGUUUUUUGGUUUGGAGUUUUUUUUCUGGGCUUCUGGCACACUUGGAAUGUCUUUCACAGUAUCUAGCAAAGUUAAGGUCUAUAAAACUUGGAGACUUAAGUGUACUUAUGUGUCAUGGAAAUACCUCUCUUCAAUGAGACAGACAAUUCAUCUUCCAAGGCAGUAGUCUGAUGCCAGUGUGGUGGUGUUCUCUUCACAGGGUGUCUUCAAUAUGUUGACAAGAAAAUAUUUCGGACAUCUCAGCAUUGCCUCAUUUGACCAAUGAAAAAUACCUCUUCAAGUAUCUCCUUCUGCACCCUAACAGACUGCCUGAAUGUUUCCAACCUCAGUGCAAAGAGGCCAUCAGGCUUCUGUGUAUUGUACCGUCACAUGCUUCAAAAAUGGUGGUAGUGCAAGAGAAGUAAUGCCCUGAAAAGAAUCAUCUUAAUGUGGCACUGUUCCAGAUUUAAUUAGCAGGGAGAAAUGGUUUUGUUUAGCUCUGGAGGUAUGUUAGCACAUAAUGCUGCGUAAACAGAGCAUCACCUUUGAAAAGAUCAAAGCUUUUGCUUCUUGCCAAAACAAUUUCAGGAACAGCUGUCAGCAGUGAGCCUAGUUCAGUUAACUAAGGAAUAGUGUUUUGUGCUUCUCACUGGGCUUGUUUUCCAUUUGGCAGGCAGCAGCGUGAGACAGGAUGGUGGCAGCCAAGGGGACCCCCUCCAACCCUGCAUUCUGAGGAAAGCUGAUGCUGAAAUGAGCCCAGGGCUCCAAGGAAUUCUGUGUUGCAGUAGUCAGUCCAUGCCUCUCAUCCAACAGUGGCUUCACUGCUGAAGCAGGAGCUUCCUGUCCCAUCUGACACCACAGAGGUGUGAUGGACCUAGUGGGCUUAGCCUCCUGGAAGCUGCAGUUUGAGCUGCCCAGGUGCCUGCCUGGGCUUCUGCUCUGUGAAGCAGGGAAUUGGACAUGGGUUUCCAUGCUGCUGAUGUUCUGGAAGAAGACAAUCCCCACAUCAUCAGCUUUAAGGUGUUUCCGUUGCACUGUUGUAACCAUUUACCUCCACGUAAAUUUUUAUUCUCACAAGAGGAUUAAGAAUUUCCUGGUUGCCUCAAGAGUUUUUAUGAUGAAUAUGAAUUUGGUGGAAUGUAUGACCUGUGCUUUAUUUACUAUGCAGAAAAUAAUUUCAGCAUGCGAGAUGGAGCAGGAAUUCCUUUCAAGUUAAGCUAUUCACAAUCAAGUCUUUCCUAACAAGCUGAAUUUAUUAUGCUUAGUCUCAGUCACAAGGGUUUGUGCUAAGUUACAGUUCUUGUUCAUAGUUGAAAGUUCAAUUAAAUUGUCAUAAAAUUCAUAAGACCACUGGGGACUUAAUAAAAUUAGUUUUUAAAAAUUCAUAUUUAUACUGAAUCAUGGAAGGGAUGCUGCUUUGGAAAUAAGAGUUGAUACUGGCAUUAGUCUAGGUAAUUUCUCACCCACAUGAAUUCAUUUGGAAAACCCAUGAAGUGUCAUAGUAUUUUUCUCUAGUGCUCCAUCUGAAGAUGUCUUCAGCUGUUAGUUUUAUUGCUCUUCUUCAUUAAUCAAUUAAAAAGUGUGUGGGAAGCGGUUUUAAUUGCAGAUAUACAAGUGUAGGGUUUUUUUCUGCUCUGCUGUAUUUGUAGGAUACAUCAUGGAGUGAUUCUGAUAAAUAGCUGAAGUUUGCCUCGUGUGCUUGUGUUUGCCUCGUGUGCUCGUGUGCUCAAUAUAGAUCCUGCUGGGAUUUCUGUGUGGGGAAAUGUCUUAAGAGACAAAGGCACUGGAGAUGCAAGUGGAGGGUGGGGAAUCAUUAUUCUAUUUUAGGACAAAAGAUUGCAUUAGGAACUCCUACAUUAUUUUGUUGGGUGCAUGGUUUUGAGACUUAAAAACUGAGACCAGAGCUGACUGUGAAAGUCAGCCAGUUGCCAGAGUUAGACUUCUGCCCUUCAAAGGACAGGCAGUACAGCUCAACUGCAAACAACUGCAUGUGCAGGGAUCCUGCUGCUCCUGUGGCCUUGGCUCACAGCUUGGACCGACCAAUGUCAAGUGAAGAUAAAAACUGCAGAGAUUUGUGGCUCAACUGCUACAUGCAAAGCUGACAUGAAGCCUUUCUUAAAAUCACCAAAGGCUCUGGUGGAUCUGCUGUGCCACUGAGGUCGUGUACAGAGAAAGUCUUCUAAAACUGUCUUCCCAUUGCAGCCUUCUGCUUCCAGACCUGUAUGGGACAGCAGAGAGAGUAACAGUGCUCAGAAGCAAGUGGCCAUGAAAUGGCAACUAGCUGAACUUCCCUGUCCCAGGCUGAGCUGCCAUACAUCAUGUCUUGCUACCUUUGAUUUAGUAUUUCCCUUUGCAAGUGCUCUGUGUUUGAGCAGCAAGAGAUAAAGAUCAGGUAAGCCAAUAUGUUACAAUUGAAGGGGUUUUAUUUCCUAAUAUAACUGAUUUUAAUAAAAAUUGGGAACUUGGCAAAAUAAUGUUUUCUAGAUGAAAGGGUGUUCUCAAAACACCCUCAAAAGAAAAAUCUCCCUUGUGCCAUGCACACUGAUUUUUAGGUUUUGUUAUCUAUGCAUGAAGAAUACUAUGAAUUUUGUAUCAAGCCACCUGAAAUAAAACAAAUGACAUUAUUUCUCCAAAAUGGGUAUUUUCCUUUAAAAGCACAACACAGACCUCUUUGUGAGCAUCUGAUAAGGGUUGCUCUUGCACUGGUUUUUUUACACCUUUAAUCUCUGUGGAGAGUGUCUUAUUCCCAAACUGAAAUCCCCAAGACUAUAUCCUUUCUAACAAAAUUCUUGUCUGGCUCAUUUGGUGUAAGGGCUGGAGCCCAGCCUUUGCUUUCUGCCCGAGCUGUAGUAGCCAGCAGCCAGCCUGCGUAAGAGCAUUGCUCCUGUGCCAGGAGUUGUUCCAGACAACAUCCUCAGGCUUUUCAGAAGCAAUCCUGCUCCAGACCUGCAGCAACUUGGACAAGAAGUUUUGUCAUCCCAAACAGUUUGCACGCUAGCUUUGAUUUUGGAGAAGAGGAUUUCUUUGUGUUUAAGCCUUAGGAAAGGUUUCCUGAGUUUGGGACGCUCUUUCUGGGACCACCCCUGCCCUCUGUUGCCACCUUCAGAGGAUGGAUUAGUCCUUUGUUUCUCUUUUGUGCUCUUGGCUUCUGCAGAACAAGGGCUGGCCUGGAGCCAGCGCUUUUGGACACUGCUGCAGCCCAGCAGUGACCCUUGGGGCAGUUGGUGGCAAUGAUUUGCCUGCUGCCUUUAAGCCUAAGGUCCAUCACUGCUGCAGGGCUGUGGGUGGUAAAAACAGCAGUUUCUUCCCAACAUCUGCAAGGUGGAAGCCUCCAGCAGCCAUACUCUGGGUUUUUUUACCUUUCCUCUGGGAAUCUUGGAUCCUGAGAAUGAUUACAGCCUCAGGGGUCUCCUAGUGGCUGAUGGCAGCAUCAAUUGGUCUCAGCACCUCCUGAGUUUGCUCUGAAAUAUUCCCUUUGCCCUGCCCAAGUGAGAGUGAAGCUGCGUAGGACUAAACCCUGUAUGGAGUAGGCAGCUCUGCUAUGCUGCACAACAGGUUUGCCCUCGGCACUGGCAGUGGCUGGGGAGGGGGAACAUGCCCUUCUGGAGUCAUUCCUGUCACCCAUUGGUCUGGCUUGGGCCCCUUCUGCCCACCAAAGUGUAAGUCAGUUUAGAAAACUCUACAGGGGCUUCCCUGUCUGCUUUUUCUCUCUGGCUCCAGAUUGCAGCAUCCCUCCUGUACCAACCUCCCUUUCCUGGUGGCAGGAAACUGAGCAGUUUAGGGUGUCUCCCUUGCCCAGCACAUCUGUCACCCCUGCUCCGGGAUGGCUGUGGUUUUGAACUGCCACCAGCUGCCUGGAGGUGCUGCAUAGCUCUUUUGCGCCUCUUCUUCCUCACCACAUUUACCCUUCUUGGGCUGUCAGUGCUCACAGUUGGUGCAGUCAGGUUAUGGCAAUGAAACUGCCAGCCUUGAAGCCCUGAAUUGAAAGUGAUUAUGUCUGGGACAGCUCCUUUGUCAAUCUGCCUUAAGCCAUGAGCUCUCCUGUGCUGUCAGUGCUCAGGCUGAACCAUGCAUGAGAAGCCUGGCUGUGGCUGACAGGCUAAAUGAGCUGUGGAGGCAACCACUGUGUUUGGAAAGGCAUGAGCUGCUUUGCUAGAAAAGCUCUGUAGCUUUGUCCUGCUAGACAUAAGCUUUUUUCCUAACCUUGAUGCAAGUAUAGUUAGAGGCAGCUUUUAUUGCAAGGAGAUAAGACAUUGGGUUUUCAAUAGUCAGAACUUAAAAUUCCCACCUCUGGAUCAUUUCUUCACUGAUUGUACCCAAAGCUGCUGCUGUGAGAGGCUUUCCUGUGCCAAGCAUUGGACCUCUGACGACUUGCUUUAAACAGCCUAAAUCUGCAAGUAAUCUGAAAACAGUGGGAAUCCCACUGCAAGAAGCUGGAUUAAUUAUCUGCACUAUUCUGCAAGUAAAAUAUUUGUACUUUGAUAAGGAACUGCCAACUGGUUCUCCUAAAAAGAGUAGAUCUUUACAGCACAGUUGGUUUGAUUUAUCAGACCUGGCAGCAUGCUACACAAAAAAAAUGGUUUUGUGCUUCUCUGUCUCCAUCUCUGGAAAGGCAAGUAGUGCCCCAUGGGUUCUUGCCAUGCUACUCACCUGAAGGGGCUGCUUGGGUGUGACCGCUUUGGGCUGGUUCCCCUUCCAGGGCAAUGAGGGGAUGUAACUGUUGACAGUUAAGAACAGAAUGGUGUGGGGUUUUUAACUUGUUAGAAAGCUAAAGAAAUUACAUAUUAAAACAAACAAAAAGCUAAGAAAUUCAUCAAGCUGCCCAUUGCUCUACAAUACAGCCUUGCUUGCCUUGAUUUUCUGUUAGUGGUGUUCUUCAGUUGCCCUCUUACAGAAAGGCUGGUACCAGGCACCACAAAUGCUAAGGAAAUAAAAAUGCAAUAGCAUCCAUUAGUAAAUUCCUUCCAUGCUUCUGCACUUCUGGUUUUAGUACUCUACCCCUGAUUUACCUGUACAAAUAAGAGAUCUCUGUUAGAGCUGACCAGUGUCCUCAGCCUCUUGGGAAGACGGCCCAUGGAAGCUGAGCCAUUGGCACUGCAACCUGCACUCUCCUUGCAGGAGCCCAGGGGAUCUCCCAGCUUCUGAUGAAGGAAAUCUGUGAGAACUGCUGCUGGUUCUGGAAUAAAGCUAAUGUUUGUGUUCUUCCUUAAAUAACUGCUUGAAGAGUGCAAGCUUUCCCUCCUCCCUUUGCUCCGAGGGCGUGGAAGGAAGAGGGAGGAUUGUGAACACAGAACAGCAGAACUGUAUUUGCCGCAGUGAAGCUGCAAGAGCAGCUGGCAGCAGCAAGCCUCAGCCCUCGUGAGCUGGAAAUGAUUGCAAAAUCUGAAUUUCAGAAACAAAAUGCCUGACCAUCUUCAGCCCUAGAGCUUGUUCCUCAGAGCUUGUGUGGUUUUCCCCCCUCAGGCACCCUUCUCAUGCUCUGGGCUAUGAAUGGGACUGGAGAGUAGAGGGGAAUCCCAGAUGGAUGGCUUCCCUCAGGAAAGCUGCCACAACUGAAACCUUGCACUCUGUCUGUACACUUGACAGAUCCAUUUAGUGAUUAUAAUUUGUUUUGCUCUGAGGGAUACACAAGGUGUUUUUGGAAAUGCUGAAUUAUGUAGAACAGGGUUUGAUUCAUUCUCUUUGUUCCAGGUUGGAAACAACAGAAGAGCAGGGGGAUCUUGAAGCCAAGUGCAAAUGCUGUCAUCUUGCAAAUCUUGAAGGUGAAGAGUAGCUCUCCUUUAGUCCACGUGUGUCACCUCACUGGACAGCCUGGCCAAGGUUUGGCCUGUGGAUGUCUCCUCCUUGGUGUCAGCAGUGAUACAGACACGAGUGUCUUCCAAAGCCACCAACACAGGGACCAACUCAGAGAAAGCGCUAAUGCUUUUGCAGGGGCAAGGACAAUGAACACUUGGGUUUCUAACGUAAAGUAGAGCCCUCAUAUUGUACAUUAAUAAAUAUUUGGCAGGAAACUCUAAAGCCGACGCCUUGGAGAAAAGAGUUUUAAAAACAUGACUGUACCUUCCCUGGGCUGUUUCUGAAGAAAAAGCUGCACUGUAAAGGAAACCCAAACCCUCAGCUGUACAAAUACAUGAGCUGUUUUGCUGUCAA